GUGGUCGCAGUAUAAUGGCGGCGAAGCUAUUGUGAUUGUUUGAAGAGCUCCUAUUGUCAAAUUAUUGCUAAUGCCCUUUAGUGAUAAUUAAAAGUCAGCUUAUUAUUUAUUUACCGUUGUGAUUUAUAACGAGAAUGUCUGAUACAAGUGAUCUCGAUCGUCAAAUAGAGCAGUUAAAAAGAUGCGAGAUUAUAAUGGAGGCUGAGGUAAAAGCGCUCUGCGCGAAAGCCCGUGAAAUUCUUGUUGAAGAGAGUAAUGUGCAACGUGUGGAUUCUCCUGUCACGGUGUGCGGUGAUAUCCACGGCCAGUUUUAUGAUUUAAAAGAAUUAUUCAAAGUUGGUGGUGAUGUUCCUGAAACAAAUUAUCUUUUCAUGGGAGACUUUGUUGACAGAGGAUUUUAUUCGGUGGAGACAUUCUUACUGCUGUUAGCUUUAAAAGUCCGCUAUCCCGACCGAAUAACACUUAUACGCGGCAACCAUGAGUCAAGACAGAUCACGCAAGUUUAUGGAUUUUAUGAUGAGUGCCUCAGGAAAUAUGGUUCGAUUACAGUUUGGAGGUAUUGCACAGAAAUAUUCGACUAUUUAUCGUUGUCUGCGAUCAUAGACGGUAGAAUAUUCUGUGUACACGGCGGUUUAAGCCCUUCCAUUCAGACAUUGGAUCAGAUUCGAACCAUUGAUCGCAAGCAAGAGGUUCCACACGACGGUCCCAUGUGUGACCUUCUAUGGAGUGACCCUGAAGAUACACAAGGGUGGGGUGUAUCACCUAGAGGUGCGGGUUAUCUCUUCGGUUCGGAUGUGGUCGCCCAGUUCAACGUAUCCAACGAUAUAGACAUGAUCUGUCGAGCUCACCAACUGGUCAUGGAAGGUUAUAAGUGGCACUUCAACGAGACCGUACUCACAGUGUGGUCUGCACCUAACUAUUGUUACAGAUGUGGCAAUGUUGCCGCUAUAUUAGAAUUGAAUGAGAAUCUGCAACGGGAGUUCACUAUAUUUGAAGCGGCACCGCAAGAAUCAAGAGGUGUGCCCUCUAAAAAACCACAAGCCGACUACUUUUUAUAAUGUUCCAUACAUUAGACACUGACCAAGCGUCUAGUAUUACGAUUUUAAGUAGUGACAAAACAUUUCAACGUGUUAAUAAUAUUAAUUGUGAUUUUAAGACUGCAAGUUGUAUUGAGUAUGUGUCGAUUGUACCUUUAGGGUGACACUUCAUUGAAGCAUGCGUGAAACGGUGUGGAAAACUAUCAGUAUUCAUUUAUUUUCUUACAUUCUACAUCCUAUCUGAAGUAGAACUUAACCUCCUUGAUUUCGAUUUUCAAGUUGAUUUGACGUUUUGAAAAACUUUUUGUAUAUUGGUCAUACAACAUAAUUGUUCAUAUAUCAAGCAAAUAAAUUAUAUAAUAUUCUUUGAUUAUUUUAUUGUGUGAGUGUUGUUACUUACAUUUUUAAAAGAAUUAUUAGGUUGAAAACUCUGCUCAUGGUGUAUAUUUGACUACGAAAAUUAUUGAUAAUGGUAGCAAAGACGGUUCUGCUCAAAACUUGUUAGAAUGUCUGGGUUAUAAACUGCUUUGUCUCAAUGAAGUGUCACACUUUUAUACUGGUUUUAAUUGUACAAACAUUGAUAAGGAAUAUUGCUUCGCGCAGGUUAACUAACUUUAUUUGACUGCUCUCGAUUUACGAAACAAGCUAAAUAAUGUUAUAAAAUUCUUGUUUUGAAUACUGUAAAUCAACUUUAUAGAUAAUUACACAAGAUUCCCUUCUAGGAUGGCUUCUAAUAUUCUAUUUAACCUGUGCUUGAGAAGAGCUAGUGCAUACAUAGCACUUCAACUGAAUUUAGUCAUUUUGCCAGGCUUUGAGAGUUAAACUGUAUAUAACUCAAAUUUUUAAAUUCUAUUACUAUCAAAAUUAAACAAAAAUCGAAAUGCAGGAAAGUGAUAGUAUGAUUUAGUGUAACGAAAUAAGUAUAUGACUGAAAGUUAUAUGUAUACACUGGCUCUAACUUCAAAUGUCAAGUGUGAGAGAUAAUUAAUAAACUCCAUUCUUCUCAUUUCAUUGAGAUUGACGACACUUCGCUCCUAGAUUUUGAAUCCCCCAGAGAUUUAGUUCAUAUGUGUAUAGUAAUGGUAAGAAGCACAUGUCAAACUGAAAUAAUGUUCUUUAACUUAAUAGUAUUAAGUCACAGUUUAUGUUCAUGAUCUUGUAGUGAUAAAUAUUAGUUUUUAAUAGUGCAUAGGUAUAAUGGAAUAUAUUGACCAAAAUUAAUUAAGAAUCUAAUUAACACUAUGAACUAAACCAUUGGUUAUAAUUUAUAAGACUUACGGUCAUAAGUUUAAUUUAAUUAUGAUAAUAAGGAAACUACCAAUCCCAUAACAUUAGUAAUGAACAAUGAUUAGUACAUAGAGGAUCCAUUUCAGUGUUUUUUUUUAACAUACUAAGAUCAGUCACUUGUGACGAUAAACACUGCCCUAGAGAUAAUAUUUGUAAAUAAUUAUGAACAUUAAUUUUUCAAUGUUUAAGUUACAAGGAAAUUCUGCAUUUUAAAUGUAAAGUGGUAUCUAAGACAAACUGUCUAGAAAUGCAGUGAUUUGUUUAAUAAACUGUAGACAAACUUAGUUGCAAUUUUUCUUUCGUAUUAAGAUAUUUCGUCAGCACAUCAAGUUAUACAGAAUUGACAAAUUUACUGAAUAAGUUGUAGACCAUAAUAUGUUGACGGUGAAGUUCAAAUUCUAUUGCAAAAAUAACCUGAUGUACUGCUGCAUACAACUUUAAUUCAUAUUGUAAGAUAGGCCUGUGAUGUGAGAUGAUAUGAACAAAAAUAAGUUCUUGUUGCUUGAGAUUCUAUCAGAUCUUUUAGAUGAUUACAUGUGACAAUGUUCC